AUUGACCUCGGAUGAACCCACAAAAAUGGCGGAAAUUCUGAACUUUCUGUUUGGAUUUUGGAGAUAAAAACUGUUUUCUAAGCUCGCUAAACGCCAGAAAGCAAACAUGAGCAGACCUAGAAGGCGGCGAGAGUCUGAUGAUGGCUGGGGAGGCCAGGGAAUGAGGGGCUAUAUGGCAGCCAAGAAGAGAAAACUGGAUGAACAGUUUGAGACGGAUGCCUCAAACCAAGUCCAGAAGGAGGGGACUUGCUCUAGCAUCUUCAAUGGUGUGGCUAUCUAUGUCAAUGGCUGGACAGAACCCCCUGCGGAUGAGCUGCGGAGGCUGAUGCAGGUGCAUGGUGGGAAGUACGACGUGUACCCCUCACGGUCCCACACCACGCACGUCAUCGCCUCCAACCUUCCCGACAGGAAGAUCAAGGACAUCAAAGACAAGAAGGUGGUUCGGCCACAGUGGAUCACAGAAAGUAUCAAGGCUGGAUACCUGCUGUCCCAUGUACCCUACAUGCUGUACCGGAGAGACCAUGCACAGGGAGCUCUCAACUUCAGGUCUCUCACCAGGACUUCCACUACUCUUAUCAAUGAUGAUGAGGCCUCCAUGGAAGAUGUCUCUGAUGGAGAUACAGAUAGUGUGAGAUCCAAUGAUUCUGUGAUACCUUCUGAUGAUGUGAGACCAUAUGAUGGUGUGAGACCUAUGGAUGGUGUGAUACCCUCUGUUGAUGUAAGACCUUCUGAUGGUAUGAGACCUUCUGAUGAUGUGAGACCAACUGAUGGUUUGAGACCUACUGAUGGUGUGAGACCUUAUGAUGUAAGACCUACUGAUGGUGUGAGACCCUUAACUGGUCCCCAUGGUAACAGUUUCGAUGGUAACAACAGCUUGUCAACAUCUAGUAAUAACAAUGUUAGUUUCUCAUACAACAAAUCUAGUUUCAAAGGAAACGAAAACAAUGACAGCUCCAGUUUCCAAGGUGAUGAUACUCAGGAUGCAAACAGUUACCAUGACAACAGUGUCCAUGGCGACAGCCUAUCAUCAUCCACUGUGCAGCAACAACCUCUUUCUAAACUAGUUCACACCAGUCCUUCAGGAAAGAAGCCAAUGGGAAGUUCCAAGGACGCGAACUUCGUUGCAGAGUUUUACGACAACUCAAGACUGCACCACCUUUCGACAUGGCGGACUGACUUCCAGGCUUAUGUCAACGUCUUGCAAGGAAAGGGAGACAACGGUUUUCCAGGUAGACAAAGGCUACGUGAUCACCUACAAAGUAGACCAGAACCCGCAACAGAUGAUAACAGCGACAGAAUGUCUUUUCAUGAAACCGACAGGUUUACAAAGGUACAGGUAGGAAGUAAGGUGGUCAUGCAUCUUGACAUGGAUUGUUUCUUUGUGUCUGUUGGCCUGAGGAACCAUCCCAAUCUUCGCGGGAAACCGGUCGCCGUCACACACUCUAAAGGAAAGGGUCACGAGCAGAAAAUACGGCCUGGUAUGGACCCAGAGUACGAGAGAGCGUACUGGGAGAAAAGAGCACCGCAUCGACACAGCAUUACAGACAAGACAGAGGACAAUGCAACAAGAGGAAACGCUCAAAGAGAUACUUAUAUGUCCUUCUCUGAGAUUGCGUCUUGUAGCUAUGAGGCAAGGAAGGCUGGAGUGAAGAAUGGUAUGUUCAUGGGGCCGGCCCUGAAGCUGUGCCCGGACCUUAAGACCAUACCGUACGACUUUGAAGGCUACAAGGAGGUGGCACAGGAGAUGUAUGGGAUUCUGGCCAGUUACACCCAUGAGAUCGAGGCGGUGAGUUGUGACGAGGCUUUCGUGGACGUGACGGACAUCCUUGCUGACACAGGAGCCACUCCCGACGACCUGGCUACAGUCUUACGAAAGGAGAUUUUGGAGAAAACGCAGUGCCCUGCAUCUGUUGGGCUAGCAUCUAGUGUCCUGUUGGCUAGGAUGGCCACCAAGAGAGCCAAACCUAACGGUCAGUUCUACCUGCCUCCUGAGGAGGUUCUGGACUUUGUCAGUCCACAGACUGUCAGGGAACUGCCAGGAGUUGGUCGCUCCUUGGAGUCGCGGCUGAAGGUCAUGGGGGUCGUGACCUGUGGUGACCUUCAGAAGGUGACCCUGCCGACCCUGCAGAGGGAGUUCGGACCCAAGACAGGACAGGCGCUGUACCGGAGCUGUCGGGGGCAGGACGACAGACAACUGAAGGUGGAGAGGGAGAGGAAGUCUGUAUCUGCUGAGAUCAACUAUGGCAUCAGGUUUACUAAGGACACAGAAGCAGAGACCUUCAUGUACAACCUAGCUGAGGAGGUGCAGCGGAGGUUACAGAAGGCCGGGCUGAAGGGGAAGACUGUGACCCUGAAGGUCAUGGCCAGGAAGGCGGACGCUCCCGUGGAACCCAGCAAGUUCAUGGGUCACGGCAUCUGUGAUAGCCUCUCCAAGUCAUCGACACUGGGCCUGGCAACAGAUGACCACAAAGUGAUCGGGAAGGAGGCUUGGAACAUACUUUGUCAGAUGAAACUUCUGCCAUCUGAUAAUAGAGGGCUUGGCAUCCAGAUUACACGCCUGGUCAGUGCCUCAGGGGCUUCCAGCAGUUCAGCAAGCAACAAGUCCAUCAUGGACUUUGUCAAAGCCAAGCCUGCAACUGCAAUCCAGUCGACAAGCACCAACAACAUACCCCUAAGCAGUGCCAACAUCCCAGAUUCAGAAACUGAAUCGGGAGGCAGUAUUUCAAACAAGAAGACCAUGUUACAUUUUCUUAAACCUUCUACUUCAACCACAACAGAAGAAAUGCAAGAACUCGAAGAAGAUACUUUACUAGAUGAUGCUGUAUCUGAAACUCAUGAGAGCACAACCAACAAAACACCAAAGAGAGCUGGACUGCCUCCUUUGCCCACCCUCCCCACCUUUAAGACGCCCAAGGGUGGGGUUCCUGUACAGGGAAGGAUCAACGAAGGAGCAUCAAGUAGUCAUGAAGACCUGUACCUACCAUCACCGUCUCAGGUUGAUCCGAGUGUUCUGGCAGCCUUGCCUAAAGAUAUCAGACAACAGAUAGAACAGACAUACGCUGCCAGGAACAUUCCACUCAGGUUGAACCCCAAAACUGAUGUGAGAGGAUAUGACACAGAAGAGGAUACAGAGGCCGGUGAAACAGAAAAAGCAAUUGGCAUAGAUCAAAGUUUUCUGGACGCCUUACCUGAAGACCUUAGGAAAGAGAUAGAAGAAGAACAGCUGCAAAAGGUGGCAUCAGAAACCACAAUGUCCCACAGGACUAGCAGAGGAAAGGGGCCAUCAAAACCUGGAAUACACCAACUGCAUGGUGAUGCCAGUGCUGCAGUUUGUACAAAUGUAGAUAGGGGGCACUCCUCACUGGUCAAUAGGCAUGAGACCCACAGCAUGGAACAGAGUACUGAGCCAGUAGCUGGACCAUCAGAAGAAGGUAGAAUGAAGAAGAGGAGCGACUCAGGUCCUAUUGUAGCCCUUCCAGAUCUUAACAAGAUUGACCCAACCUGCCUGGAUGCCUUGCCUCCCGAACUACAACAAGAGCUCAAACGAGCAUAUGCACAACAACAAAAACAACAACAACCGCCUCCACAACAACAACAACAACAGAGACCUAACCAACCACAGGAUGCAUUGAAACUGCUGGGCCAAUCCAAAGGAAGACCAAGCCCUCCCAAAGCUAAGAGAAAAUACACCAGAAGAAAACCGCUCAACAAUAGUCCUAGUAAGAGGAGGGCACCUGCUGCUACUACUAGUCCUGCCAAGAAAAGAUUGAGUCCACAGAAGUUGAUAUGGAACCAAGCAAGGGACAAUGUGGUGACGACAUCAACCAAAGAACCAGCUGAAACUUCUGUAGCACCUGUACCUGAACCUGCACCUGUAGAAGCAGCUGUAAGCACCUGUGACACAACAGCGCAGGUGCAUCAGGUGAACCUGUGUGGCAGGGUGGAGCUUCCUGAGGUUAAGGAACUGCUCAAGGAGUGGACACACACCUGUCCAGUGCCUGAAGAAGAAGAUGUAGAACAGUUUGUUCAGUACCUUCAUCAGCUCAUCCUGGAUCGUAACCUAGAGACAGUGGAUCUACUCAUCAAGUACAUCAGGAGGUUGUGCAAUGCGCUUGACACCAGUACUUGGAGAAGUGCAGUUGAAGAAAUCAUCAACAGUAUCCAGGAGGUGAUGGAGCAACUGUAUGGUAGCAAGCUGAAGGUCACAUGACUGCUGUCAACCAAUCAUCAUUCAACUCUUCAUUUUGGCACAACCAGUCUUUGAUAUUUAGAUUGUGCAUAUUAAGCACAACAACUACAAAUGCCAAAGAAUACGAGGGAUAAUCAGUGCGUUUUGGAGACUCACUCAGAAAUACACAAAGUAGAUAGUAAGUAGGUCAUCCCUUGAAUGAAAUGUUGGAUGGAAGAUAUGUUUAAGUAAAGGAGUGUGCAAUAGUUAUAUGCUUUAACCCCAGAAAGAAUUUUGUAUGUAUAAGAAGAGUCACAUGUUGCCUGUAUUAGAAUUAAGAUGUGUUGUUAUGUUGGGUUGCAUUGUGUGUUUAGAAAUUUGUACAAAACAUUGAACAAUAAGCCAUAUCUUGAUACACACAUGUACAUUGUUUAUUUCAGAUUUUGUAUGAUAUUUACCCCAUAUUAAAAAUGGAGUACGAGCUUUGGUCUGUAUGUAUGUUAAA